AUGCGAGAAUGUGAGACAGGAUAGAUAAGGAGGGGGGGGGCAAGCUAAGCACGGCGAGCAGAAAGAACGAAAGAACAGGCCGAACAGACAGAGGCAGCAGAACUGGGCGACGACUCGCGUAGCGCGUGUAGGUGAUGUCAAAAAUGCGGCAAAUAAUAUCGCGGAUUGGCGUAAGAAUGCCGCCUCGCGUCUCACCCCUAAUUCGUCAGUGAAAUCGUUGUGCCAAUGAACGUGAAUAUAUAUGGCGGCGCGAGUACUUUUGCUCAGCAUCUUGUUUACGGAAGUGCUAAAGCCCGUGUGUGUUGCAGGAGUCAGAGGAAUUGGUAGUGGAGUUAAUGGAAAGAAUGGGUCUAAGCCAGAAGGCUUAGACGCGGAUCAGAACGUUUCAGCAGCUAAACUGGAGAUAGAACCCAGUGGACAUGUGGUGUUAGGUAGGAGAGGUAUUACACUCAAUUGUGUGACAGGGGCAAAUUAUAAUGUGUCUUGGCUUUACAAUGGAGCACCAGCACCACCGUGUGGUAUUGCACGGUGUACACUACUGCCUAAUGGCUCUCUUCACUUUUAUAAGAAACAAAAUUUGCAAAUGCCUCAGAGACACAGAGGAUGGAAUCUUAAUAAUACGUCAACUAACAAGACUCAAGGGAGGAAUGAGUAUCGUUGUGUAGCUCGCACUAAAUUUGGUGGUUCGUUAAGAUCAGGUCCAACUUAUGUACAGAUUGCUGAACUCUCCCAUGUAUUCAAAGAGUCACCAGGAGAUUUAAUAAUGCAAGAGGGUGAAGUUGCACGGUUCUCUUGUCUCAUCGACAGUGUUCCUUUUCCACCUAACAUAACAUGGCAACAUAAUGGAGAUACUGUAGUGCCCGAGCACAAUAACACAAAAUAUUCUGUGGUGCCACCAGGUGUUCUAUACAUAAGUGCAACGAAACCGUCAGAUGCAGGUUCAUACAGAUGCGUGGCGACUAAUGAUUUUCUGAAGAAAACAAAAAAAAGCAAAGAGGCAAGAUUGACAGUCACUUCCGAAUCCGACAAAGCAAAGUCACGCAUGCCUACGUCAUUAUAUCCACAAAUUCGAUACAAUCAUUGGUUAAUCAACGGAUCGAAUCUUCAUUUGGCUUGUGCGGCUUCAGGUUAUCCACCACCAGUCAUAACCUGGACAUUUAUUCCACGAUAUCCAGAUGGCACUAACUUCGAACAGCCACGGGUGUUGCUUAAUUUAACAGGCGGCAUUGGUAUCCUGUCGUUGAAAUCCGUAGGCGUCGCAGACGCCGGUAUUUAUCUAUGUGCUGCUAAAAAUUCCGUCAAUGACGCCCCACAAAUUCAGAAUAUAACGGUGGACGUAAUGGUCCCACCCACGCUUCGUAAAAAACCUGUAAGCUUUGUGUGCCCGAAUGGAAGAACUGCGAGAUUUGAAUGCCAAGCUGAUGGACUACCAACACCUCAGAUUUACUGGUUGAAGGAUGCUACGAACAUCAACACUAUAAAUGGACGUGGGACUACGUAUUCGAAGGUUUAUAACAAAAUGGAACUCGCAAUCUCAGCGACAGUGCCGUCGGACUCUGGCAUUUAUCAAUGUGUUGCCGUGAAUUCGGCUGGUGAGAUUUGGGCAGCUGGUCGACUUCAAGUGAAUACAUCCCGUAAUAGUCCAGCCGCUCCUACCUCGAUGAAGUGCCAUGCUCUAUCCCCAUAUAGGAUCUUUAUAUCCUGGGAACAUCCCAAGUCUUUACCGCCCACCAGUAUUACAGCGUACACCGUCCAUUAUAGUGCUGUGGAAGGCGGUAAGGAAGAAGUAACGCCACCAGAACCAGGAAACUCCACGUCCGUGGAAGUCACCAAGACGCUUGAACCACUUACAAAUUAUUCCUUCUACAUACGAGUAUGGAACAAUCAUGGAGCCAGCAACCAGUCGGCCACCAUUGUGUGUUCUACUGCCCCAAGUGUUCCUAAAGCAGUUCCAAAGAUAAAAUUGGACGUGAUCAGCAGUACAAAGUUGAACGUCUCGUGGGGGUCCCUCACUAAGAAGGAGGCACAAGGCGUUGUAAUUGAGUACAAACUGCAGUGGAAGCUUCAACAACAUCCUUCAAUUCAUGUGCUUUGCAUUCCAUCCACUACCGAAUACUAUACACUCACAGGCUUAACACCAGGAGCGCAAUAUGACUUGCGCGUACUGGCCAGGACAGAGCAGGGUUGGCCGAAUGUUAGCGAAUCGGAACUUAGUUGGACUAGCGUAACGAUGCCAUUGCCAAAAACAAAUCAGUUUACAAUAACAAAUAUGGUGAAUCUUCAAUUAACAACCACAAAUUCUUCAUUCAUUAAGGUUAAAUGGGAAAUGAAGGAGGAGACCCAUCAAAAAAAUAAAUUUAAAUUUGAUUCGUGGCGUAUUUACUGUGAAAAUGUAGACGGCAAAAAGUUAGCUACUGUUUUACUACCGAUAAACGCGACGGAGUACACAAUUAAUAAUCUUUUGAUUAACGAACCGUAUAUUGUGGCGUUGUGCGCAGUAAGUUUUGGGGAAGAUAAGAGCUGCUUGAGAAAACAUGCGGACACCGCAAGGUCCAGCACGACGAGUAUACCAACGGGUUUGGAGGCAACACCGAUUUCGCCGACAUCUAUAAACGUAACGUGGACCGUUUCUGAUGUGAUUGAUGUACAUUCAUACGAAUUGUGUUAUCAUUCUGUUCAUCCCACGGAACCUGAAAUAUCCAACUGUCUCGUUACUGGCGAAACACGUAUAACUGUUGACCAUUUAAAGCCUUUUACACUUUAUCAGUUUAAAGUGCGAAUAUUUUAUAAUGAGUCAAACGACAGUGGCAGUGAGUUUAGCGAGAGCAUAGAGUGCUACACGAACGAAGACGUUCCUGGAAAGGUGGAGGAAGUACAGUGGUUUCUGGGAAACGGAUCAAAGGUUCGAAUUGCUUGGAAAGAACCGGAAAAAUUAAAUGGCGUGAUAAAAAAUUACUCUGUCGCCUACACAAUGAAUUUAUCUGACUCGUCAUUAACGUGGGGCAACGUGACUGUUCCUGGAAACAAAACAUCCACGAGUUUACCUGGUCUCAUUCCAGGAAAGCGUUAUUUCGUUAUGGUAAAAGCAGCUACCAAAGCUGGUUACGGCAAAUCGUCCGAUCCAAUAUUUAUUAUAACGGGUGGAACUUCAUCCAAAGUGCAUACAACAUCUGAUAACCGAACACCGCCACCAAGUCCAAAACCGGAUCAAAGUCUUGGGGUGAUUCUCGGUGUGAGCAUAAGCAUAGGUUGCGUAGUGAUUUGCUUAUGCAGCAUCUACUGCCGUAAAAAGUGUGAAAACUCACGAUCGUUAGGCGACACUGUGCAGCCAUUCAAGGGACGUGUUCUUGUGCGAAACGGAAAUGGAUGUUGCGUUGAUCGAUCUUCCGUUUCCAAUAGUCAACACGUGAAUACAGCGACUCCUGGGAAUGAAAUAGAACUCGCUGUAUUAUGCCCUUCAUCUCCAGUCAUGACGGAUCCACGUCCAGAUACCAAGCCUAAGGGUGGAUACUCUAAUGGCGUUCUUGAAUCGUGUGCGAAGGAACCUUUACUAGCGCCAUGGAAUGCGACUGGUGAAAGUAAGGAUGUCCGUAUCACGGAAAAUCCACAGUACAAACGAAGAGCCAGCGCUAUAUCAAAUCAGCAGCAGCAACCAGAUCAAGAGGAUCAGGAACUAGACCUGGAAGGAACGCAGCUCACAAUGGUCAAUUGUACUUUAGACAGUAGCAGUAGCAGCCUAAAUAAUAACCUAGGAUGCACGGAGACUUCGUUGUCGUCGUCACCUAGAAAGACGGCAUCCACGUCAGUUCCAGUGCUGAAUCCGAACGGGUGAGAUAAGAUUUGUCCAAUACGAUUGAACGUCGACGUAUUUCGAAAUAGUAAGACGUGCCAGGUAAGACGACGAAAAUUUUCUACAUUAACUUCUGAAAUACCCACCAUGAUGCGGCUACGAAUCAAUGUAAUUAAUUGUAAGAGUGUGUGCGUACGUCUGUACACAAAAAAGUGUAAUGACGCACACGCAACUAUGGGGUUAUCUAUGAUUUCUCAUUGUCGCGUAUGAUUAGCUGUCGCCCUGUCCUCAUAAACGGAUACCUGAACGAACAACUAUUCAACAUCAAGCACAUUGAUCAUGUACAUAUAUGUAAAACAUAACACUUGAUGUCUCGUAGGUGUUCAAGUUUUCAAACUUGGCGACUCUGUCGUAGGUGGCGACACUGUUUGUUCACGUGCCGCAAUGUUCAAUGUAAACGUUUAAAAAAGAAAAACUCAGCAUUACGUUAUAGCGCAACGUAAACGCUACAUUAAAAUGUUACGCGUAGCGCUUCGCGAAUGAGCGCAUUAUAAACGCGUAACAAUCAUUCUUAGAAUACUUGCUCACGUUUGAAAAUGGUCGUUAAGGGCUGGACGAAAAUGAAAAAAUGAUGAUCUGAAGAGAAAUGAAAUGUGUAAAAAAAAAGAGAAAACAAAACUAGCCAUGCGAUAAAGGAUUGGGAUAGGUGAGUGCGUGCAGUGAGUUGUGUCCGUAUCGCUCUUGAAGUAUGAAAAUUCGUAAUAUUGCUGUACAUAAUAGUAUAGACGUUAAUUGUGAAUAUGUCCAUAAGAGAAACACGUCCCUGUUUUCUUUUAUUUCCGGAUGACAUUCACGAAUGAGACGAGGAGGAGUGAGAUUGUUAUGUUAUGCGAUUGAAAAUUAAUAUUGUACUGACCCACUAGUAGCUCUAGUUCGAGGGGCCAAUUUUUAUGGUUUACAGUACAAAAGACACCGCUGAAUGUUAAAUGUCUUAAAGAAUUAUUAUAUACUGACUACUUUCAUGAGCAUUGAACUCUGCUUGGAACCGCUCCAUCAGUUUGAUUGUUAGGGGGCCAUAUGUUUACGACUCGUAGCAGAAGAAUAUUCUGACUAUGAGACAGAUGUUCAAAAGUAGAUUUUCUAACAGGUACCUUGUGGCCGCAUGAAUUUUACUUUUCAUAUUCAUUUCCUUUUUCUUUUUUUUUUACUUCACACUUUUUCCUUUUUAUUACAAGGAUCAAAAAGUAUUCGGACAGACGAGCGCCACUCCACUUCGUCUCUACGAGAGGUUACUUUCUUUGAUGACCGAAACGAGUUGCAUUUCCUGUUAUUGCUUCUCGUAAACCGAUUCAAUUUAUCGAACUGAAUAAUAAGAAAUUUCGUUAAUAGCACUAAGGGAACAAGCACACAUUUUAAUCAGAGACACUAUUCAUUAAGGGGUGGUACAACUAAUCCAAUUUCGGUUUAUUACCCUUUGUCAAUUUUAUUUAUUUUUUUUUUAUUUUUUUUUGUUUUAGCACGCAUUACUAUGUUAGAUUUAAUAUUAACGGUUCAACAAAUGAAUCUUUUUUAUUGUAUGUAUCGCGUUAAGACUGCGUAUUGACGGAACGAUUUCCCGCGAAUUCGAAGUGUUGUCAAUGAGAGACUGUGUUGCUUUCUGUCUUUUACUUUUUUUUAACGAGCGAUACAAAAAAUAUAUAUACAAUCAAAAAUAUACAAUAUAUAUCGCUGUCAAUGCCGAUAUUCGAAAUCGAUCGUGAAAUCGAUCUGCAAAAUUUGGUCGUUAGAAGUUUUAUUACGUUCUGUCGUUCCAUUCGAUUAUUAUUCUCGGUAAAUUUUUGUUCCUUUCGUUUUACGUGUCAUUUUUCGUUAUCCUUUUAUUUUUAUCCUAAUAAUAAUUGCAUUCAUUGUCCGUAGUUACGAUUAAACGUAAGAUAAAGGUCGCGGCGAUGAUUUCUCACAAACGGAAAAACGACGUGGAACGAUACAUUAGUCCAAAACGUGUCACCUGGUGAUCUUCACCGUAAGUGUGAUUCCUUUCGAUAUUCAUAACGCUAAUAUUUUCGCACAAAGAAUAUGACGCACUCGUAACAGGAGUAUAGUAAACGUCAGAAAAAGUCUAAAAGAGCGUCAAAAAAAAAAAAGAAAAAAAAAUUAAAAGCCGAAACCGAAAGUCGAAGUUUUCUUAACGUAAUACGUUGCUUUCCGUUCGUGACAAUCGAUCGGAUCCGUUUAUAUAUACAGCGAUCACUCACAACCGCCAUUAAUCACCACUACCACUUUUUUUAACAUUAUCUGACAUGCUAUCUGACACGUCACUUUCUAACACGCAGUACACACAUUAUGUUAAUUAAACAAGAAAAAAAUCACUAUACCGUAUACACGCUACAAACUAUACACAUGCUACACCUUGUGGAGGGUGGAAGGGAAUAGGGGUAGAACACACACAACACACACACACCACACCAGACUGGUGCAUGUUACCAUGACAGAAAAAACCCAACGCAGUACCUGAUGUAGACUAAGUUAUGUCGUUUUAGAGUGAGACGUAGGCAGGUCAAUGUUAUACUGUACCUCCAUUAUAAUUGUUAUUUAUUACUUCGUAACAUUCGACAACAAUGUGUUUUCUAGAAUUACAGAUACACAAUACUGAACUAUAAAUGCAAUAAUCUAGCUGUUACAGAACACACGAUGAAGCCGAACGAGAUGAGCAUCCGUUUCUUUUUUUUUUUUUUCGUUCCAUUUUAUUUCAUGCACGUUAAAGUAUUUCAACCCUUUUAUUUCCGCUCUAGAGCCGCUCUUUUACUUUACUAUUGUCAUUAUCAUAGAUUUCGUAAAAUUUUAUAUAUUCCGUGCGAUGCACUAUUCUCAUAUUCAUCGCAAACUUUUUCUUACUUGAGUGACGAUAUUUUCAUUGAAAUUAGUGAUAAAGUUUUAUUUUCCGUCUUUUUUUUUUUUUUUUUGGAAACACCUGUUAUACUAUUGCUCAUACCUUCAACGUUAUUGCUUCUCCUAUAUAAUGACAGAUUGCCGUGUAUGAUCACAUAUGAGACUGAACAGUUUUUUUUCAUUCUGCGGUUCUAGAAACGAAGUAGAGAAGGGCGAGGGGGGAGAGGGGUUGUUACGACCAUGUCUGGUUUAAUGAAAAAAUGUACACGCAAGGCAGCCUGCUGCGAAUAUUUUUCUUCGCGAAUAAUUCCAAUACGCCAAUGAGUAUCUCAUUGACGUGACAACUCGACGCAUUCCGUUUGAAGAAAGAAUAAGAACUCGUUGUUUGUUAUAAAAAUGUUCGACGUGCAGAUUUAACGUAUACACGUGUUAUAUAAUUGCAAUGCGAAAAUUCCAACGUACUCAUCACGUUCAUUCAUUGAUUCGUUCACUCAUUCACCGAUUGGCUUCCAUAGACUCAAAGCGUAGCACACAGUUACGCUAUAUUAUUUUUUACACACCUUAUAUACCGGAUGUCGAAUGAGAUGCGCAUUAUAUUGAAAGACGUUACUCGUUGCAUCAUUUCGUAUACAAAGUUCCUUAUCUCUUCUUCUGUCAGAAGCUUCGUACUUCGGAUAUUGUAAAAUACAUUAAACUGGCUCCACGUAUCCGCUCGUCGACGACUCUCAAUUAUUCAUUGAAUUCUGAUAAAGAAUUUCAGUGCGUAUCUUAUUAUUAUAUUGUGGCUCAUUUGAAAUACAUGACAAAGAAGAAGUAUAAAGUAAAAAAGAAAAAAGGAUAAUGAACUUCUACGUGCAACGAGACGAUCGUUAAAAUCGUUCAGUGUCAUUCGAUCUUUUUCGGACACCCUGCAUAUUACAAAUUACCGUAUAGUACCUUCUAGUUAAUUCCAGUUUCCAGUCUAACCUCGAAGGCAUUAAGCAUACAUAACAUAUAAUGAACCCAGGUGCGUCGUAAUAAAUAAUAAUAAUAUAACAGUGAAGAAGGAGGGCGAUAAAAAAUGUUUUUGCAAGAAAUCGGCGAAAAUUAGGAAGGCAAUGAACUCGCUGUUCCUUGCUGUAUCUGUCGCGCGUACAGCGUGCCUCCAAUGUAUAAUAUUCGCUACAUCCGCAUCUCUGUCACUAUUUUCUAUUUGCUACGCGUAAAAUUGGAAAGAGGAACUAUAGGGCGUCUUAAUUUUUUCAGUCCUUCGAAAGAAACAACGAAGCGUAAGCCGCGCAUGCGCAAUACGGGCAUGAAUAAGCUCUAAUACGUGUAUCCUGACUAUGCAUACCGGCCGUAUAUGACGAACGUAUUGAUGCUCCAAAUACGUUUGAUAUAGAUGCUAAUUAAAAAGAGAAUUUAAGACUUUUUUUUAUUCUCGUAAAAUCCAUAGAUGACGAAUGAGCGAAAUUGUUCCUUUGGUAUAAAGAUGAAGGAGAAAAACUUGGAUAACAAAAAAUUUUUUUAAAUGCGUUUCUGUUCGGACCGGUUAACAAGAUCCAGUAAACUGCCGAUUAAAGGCAGAGAAAAACCCGUUAAAAUGUAGUGAAAAGAAAUAAGAAUCCAAGAUAAAUAAUUAAAUAAAUAUAAGUUCAGGAUUAAAAUGAUCAUUUCUAUUAAUCGCUAUGGUAUAUGAGAGAGAUGUGGCCGCAGUUUGAUAUAAUACCGGUGUAAAGUGAGCGAAAAAGUAAUAGAAGAGACAUGAAAAAAAAAACCAAUUACGCUUAUAAAACUAUUUUAAUCUCUUUUUUUUAUACUAUACUAGCCGCAUAAUUUUAUCCCGUCUCUGACGGCUUCGUCGUCGACCGGGACAUCGUCUUUCAGUGAAGCGUAAUUUUCGAAAAUUCUUUCCUGCGUAUAACGAGGAUGUGCGUUGGACACAGAGGGAACACAAAUGUAAACUGUAAAACUCUUCUUAGGACGCUAACGUGUGGGACUACGCGAAAAGAAAAGAUUCCGUUAAUACGAUCAUUAAACACACUUACGCGAAGCACGUGGUAAUGUAAUAUUAUGAAAUUAGGUUUCGUCUGUUUUUUCUCUUUGUCGGGCGUCUCCCGAAAGAUACGAACUGGUAGGGUCGCCGUGCUCGAUGCAUUUCUUCAACAUUCAAAGUUAAUCAAAACUUUUUUUUUUCAAUUACGAAAAUCCACGCCGGUCAAGUACAAAGCAAUAAACGUCAUCAACAUGUCGGGUGGCAUUCGCGAGCACGACUAUUGCUUGGAGAAUAAUUUGUUUUAUUAUUAAUGAAUUAUUGUAAUAAUUAUUUAUAAGAGUUUCGUCAACAGUAGUUUUAUUCUGUGUGCAUCGCGGAAACUGCUGUUUAUUAUUAUUAUUAUUAUUAUUAUUAUUAUUACCGUCAAUUGCGAAUCUUUAAUGAGGACGCUCCGUAUUACUUUUAUUAUUGCUUUAUCAAUCGAUAAGUUAAAUCAUAGUCGAUUAAUCGAUAUCGAUCAAUUUGUUGUCAUGUCACUUUGUAAGGUCUUUAAACUUCAAUCUAUUUUGACAUCGAUUAUCCGCUGUAUCGUAUCAAUUAUAUAGUAUUUAUUGCUCGAUGACGUAUUGUCUUGCGAAGUAUAGUGCGUGAAGGUAAAGCCGUGUUUACACUUGCAACAGAACCCCCGUAACACGUUCGUGUAACGUAACUCUAUGAGUACUUGAAGAGUACGAUCGCACAGUUACCUUAGACGACGAUAUUACGGGGUUCUGUUGCAAAUGUGUACGCUACUUAAAAAUUCACGGGAUUGUGAUUUUUUACUGUUACGUCACGAUUAAUUUUUUUUAUUUACCGAUCAUGAAUAAUAGUGAUUUUCUUUUUCUUUGCUGGCACCUCGACGUUGUUUUAUAUAAUUUGAAUUGUUUAUCGUAGAAGCCGUUAUUAUUAAUAAUAUUGACGAUGCUAUGUGCGGCGCACAUAGAAGACGCAUGUGAAACGGUUUUUUUUUUAGAGAUAUAUAUAUGUAUGUGUGUGUGUGUAAUCGAAGUCAAAGAAGUUCGAGUUUUAUCCAAGCAAAAGUGUCACGGAACGAAAAGUAAUAGUUACUUUAGCCAUUGAUAGAUGGACCACGUAGGAUAUGUAGAAUGUAUCCUCAAACUUCCCGCCCACCGUCUCUUUCCCUAAUUGCCGAUACAGUGCCGAACAUAAUAGACCUUCACACAAUUCGUAGCAGAAGUAAUAAGAACAACAAAAGAAAAGGAAAAGAAAUUCUUACACGUACGGCGACUCUAGUCUAACGAAUAUACCUCCAACAGGAGUCGCUCUCCGUAGAGCGACCUUAACAUUACUUAACGUUAACUUAACCUCAGUACCUACUAGCGACUAUCGUUUUAGAUUUUUAUACCGUUUUUAUUUUAUUAUUUUUUUUUCACAUACCUCACAAGAUAAUAGUUUCACGCCGGCGAUUAUGCGUAAAUGAGACGUUUUUUUUCCUCUUUUUCUUGAAAUGUAUGGUAACAUUUAUUCGCUUUAUUCACUUUUACUGUAGAUGAACGACUAACGCGCGAAGAACCCGGUAAUUUUAUUCAAUUAAAUCUGUAUUAAUUAUUAUUAUCGUUGAUAAUCGUGUAGCGACUCUUACUGAACAACCGAACAGCGUCUACAUAAUAAUUUAUUUCUUUUUCUCUCUAUCUUUCUCACACACUGUCUUUCCAGAAAUCAUAAUUAUUAUUUACCGUAUACGCCUAGUUGAAUAUUGUAUUUCACGAUGAUUACAUUCUUUAAGGUGCAGUUACUUUGUACAUACCUUUACCCACGAUUGUACAUACGAUUAUAUUACCAACUUGAGAAUAUUAAAAGUAUAUAUUUUAAUAUAUUAUAUAUAAUUAAUUACGAUGAAAUUGUAACCUUAUUGUUUUAAAGGGUAUUCAAAUUAAAGCGAUACACGAGA